UCCUGUUCCCGGUGCGACCGUUUCUUGGCUGGCUUUGGGUUUCCCGCCGCCGUUUGGCUUCGACGAGAUGGUGAACCUCGGGGACACAUUUCCAAACUUUACCGUCGAGACGACCAUGGGCACUUUAGACCUUCAUGAAUUCUUUAAGAACAGAUGGGGCAUCCUGUUCUCGCACCCAUCGGACUUCACGCCGGUGUGCACUACCGAGCUGGGUGCAAUGGCGAAGAUCUACCCCGACUUCGAGAAGAACAACAUCCGCGUCAUCGCUCUAUCCUGCAACCCGCUCGAGUCGCACAAGCUGUGGGUCAAGGACAUCAUCGCGUUCAACGACCUGCGCAUGAACGACCUGCCGUUUCCAAUCAUAUCGGACGAGAAGCGGGAGCUGGCCGUGCAGCUGGGAAUGCUGGACCCCAUUGACAAGGACAACGAGGGCAUACCGCUCACCUGCCGGGCGGUAUUCAUUGUAGGACCUGACAAGAAGUUGAAACUCUCUAUGCUGUACCCAGCCACCAGUGGGAGAAAUUUUCCAGAACUCUUUCGAGCUGUGGCAUCCCUCAAGCUCACCGAAGAGAAGAAGGUGGCUACUCCCGCCAAUUGGAUGCCGGGUGAGGCGUGCAUGGUGAUUCCAAGCGUGAAGGACGAAGAGAUCCCGCUGCUGUUCCCCAAGGGCGUCACGUCCUACAAUGUGCCAUCGGGCAGAAAGUACAUCCGCGUCACACCCCAGCCUGACCCUUGAUGCGGCCGUGGACCGGCUGCACUUCCGCUGCACCGCAGACUCCAUAUUCCUGCAUUACUUGCGAGAUUUCAGUGCACUCACGCACGCGUAGAAAACUUCACGCACACCAGGUGCUAUACGUAGUGUGUAAGCUACAUGCACGUGCUUGCUUGAAAAGUAUCGCGUCACUUAUACGCAAGUAGGAAGAAAAUUACGUCCCCGCGUCUCCCGAGAGACAAUGUCGCAUGGCAUAUAGCACGAGAGAUAAAAGAAAUAAUUAGCGAGUGCUCAGUCUCUGCCACGUAAACAGGCAGCCGCGAAAUAAGGACGCAUUGUACCAGCUUGUUUUGCGGCACUAAGUCCCCCCAAUAAAUCGCAAAUGCCAGAUCUGUCCUGAAAUUUACUGAAAAGCUGCUGUAUAAUGAAAGGCUCUAGCUUAGCAUCGCUUCGAUCUUCUCGCUACACUGACAAGCAACCGAUAGUACGUUACUUUGUCAGCUGCCUAAUGUAUAUGGGAUUUGUUGAUAUGAAGUGAAGAGCA